AUGAAAGUUCUGUACUUGUUCUUACUACCGUUUGCCUUCUUGUUGCAAGUGGCAGUAUCAGAAGUCUCAAGCUCUGGUACCAGCACUGAACAAACCUUUGACUCUAUUAACAAAUCCAAUCACACCAACAACUGGGCAGUUUUGGUAUCAACAUCACGGUUUUGGUUCAACUAUCGGCAUAUGGCAAAUGUGCUUAGUUUUUAUCGUACGGUAAAACGAUUGGGUAUUCCCGACUCCCAAAUUAUUCUUAUGCUUUCCGAUGACGUUGCUUGUAAUGCAAGAAAUGCAUUUCCUGGAACUGUAUUCAACAAUAUGGAUCAAGCAUUAGAUCUAUACGGAAACAGUAUUGAAGUUGAUUACAGAGGGUACGAAGUGACGGUAGAGAACUUUGUUCGUUUAUUGACUGACCGAUGGGGACCGGAACAGCCUAGAUCAAAGAGAUUGUUGACUGAUGAGAAUUCAAACAUUUUUAUCUACUUGACGGGCCAUGGAGGGAACGAAUUCUUAAAGUUUCAAGACGCUGAAGAGAUUGGUGCUCAUGACAUUGCAGAUGCAUUUGCCCAAAUGCACGAGAAGAAGAGAUAUAAUGAAAUCUUUUUCAUGAUUGACACGUGUCAAGCUAACACCAUGUAUGAGCAUAUUUAUUCACCCAAUAUUCUUUGCAUUGGCUCUUCCAAACUUGAUGAGAGCUCUUACAGUCAUCACUCUGAUAUGGAUAUUGGUGUUGCUGUUAUUGAUAGAUUCACUUAUUUUGCAUUAGACUUCCUUGAAAAGAUCAAUAGAGAGUCCAAGGAAACAAUGGACAAGUUAUUUGAGAUACUCAACUUUGAAAAUGUUCAUUCACAUGCAGGAAUUCGAACAGACCUAUUCAAGAGAAAUGUGAGUGAGGUCUUGUUGACGGACUUUUUUGGUAAUGUUCAAAACGUUGUUGUGGAUACAGCGCCAAGAGAUAUAUUGAAUGCAACAAAGCAUUUAAAGCGUGCUCGUCCAAGCUUUGAUGCAUCAAGUCCGUUGAGACCAAGAGGUCAGAUAGAGUAUGGAUUCGAAGAAGAUGAAUCAGAGAACAAAAUGCAUUUGUCAAGAGCCUCCUCAACCAUUUUGGGACUUGGUGUUACAAGUGCAUUGUUUGGGUUGUGGAAGUUUUCUUAG